UAGCAGGAAAUUUGAAAACGUUUGUUGUUGCCAAAAUGCAGUUAGCAGAGCGGCGCUAGUUAGCAGAGUUAUUAGCGAUUGAUAUCUUUAUUAAUAUGGUUUAAAUGAGUCUCGCUUAGCCGUAAACAUCUUGCUUCGGACUUUUUGUGUUCAAUAAGAAGAAACAAUGGACAUUAAUUCUUAUUUUCAGGCCUUUGAGCUGAGCGUGCGCAGUUAUGCUGGCGAUGACCCGUUAGACCCCUGGGAUAAGUUCGUUCAGUUUCUGGAGAGCAAGCUGUCCCUGGAGGAGAGGAAGGGUUUGUCUGUGGUGCUGGAGCGCAUCGUUCAGACCUUCCUUCAGGAUGAGCGAUACCAUAACGACCCGCGAUACGUCUCGCACUGCGUCAGAAGUGCCAGCUUCUACAGCGACCCGACGGAGGUGUACAGUUAUCUUCACGGCCGCGGCGUGGGCACGCAGACGGCGGCGCUGUACCUGGACUGGGCGCAUCAGUUUGAGGAGAGAGGGCAGCUGUCCCAGGCUGAGCUGGUGUACCAGAGAGCGCUGGAGAACAGGGCUGAGCCGCAGGACAGUGUGUUGCAGCAGUUCAGGCUCUUCCAGGGACGGGCGAACACUCACAUUGCAGCAUCAGAUCACGUGCGGCAGCCGCUGCAGAACUCACAGCUGGUCAAUCAAACCCCCCGGCAGAGAGAUGUUCAGCCGCAGAGCAAGGAUCCAGAAGCCUCUCCUGCUCCUCGAAUGGUGCGCAUAAUCUCGCGCUCGGAGAAUAACCCGAUCCGGCCGGCCAGCAGCAGUGGUGUGGAGUGUGUGUCCAUGUACUGUGUGAAAGAGCUGCAGUGUGAGGGGUCCGAGCUGUCCUUCGAGGAGCUCCGAGCCAGACGCUACUUCACUAAACGCAGACAGCAGGAAGAGCAGCGGCGACUGGCCGAGGAGCAGCGCAGGCUUUGGGAAGAGGAGGAGGAGGUGAGGAAGAUGAAGCAGCUGUUGGAGGAUCUGGAGAAGAACGUGACUCUGAACCCAGUGACUCUUACGGUACAGACCCAGACAUCUCCUCCUGACCGACAUGCUCCGCAUGAACACUUCUGUGCCUGUCCCUCUUUACACACACUGGCAUCAGAAAUCUUAGACAAGUGCGAACAUUCAGAUCUGACCCCGAGAGACAGUCUAACAACAUCACAGUAUCAGUAUUUCUGUCCUACAGUAACUCAGAUUAUCACUGAAGAGAGUCAGACAGCAGCCGAGCCAGUGUCGUUCUCCAGACCUCACACUGGACUGCAGCUGCGCUCUGAGACCGCAGGGCAUGCUGGGACAGAGACCAGCCGCUCACUGACGGAGCCGUUCCCCAGCGCAGCGCUCCACUGUAGAGAGAGUCUGAGGACACACACACACCAGCCGUCAGAGAGACACACAGCAUCCCUGAUCCAGAGCAGCUACUGCACCCAACCCGAGAACACAGACCUUGCUGCGUGUGAUCAGGGAGAUGCGGAUGAAAAUGUUACAGACACAUCAUAUGGGGCUUUCAAUCACUCUCAUGUUACUCCAAACUCCUCUCUGGGCUUCGUUCAGGCCACACCGUCCCGUGUUCUCCCUUCUCCCACUGUCAACACACGUGAGGCUUUGGGUGUGAUCAUGGACAUGUUUCAGGCACCCACCCUCCUCCAGGAGUCCAUGUUCAACAGCAUCGUUCAGCCGGAGGACAGUUUCGAGAAGAGCUGCAGAAUCACUAGCGCCCCCUCGUGUGUUACGGCAGCCGGCACGACUCCGUUCAUGAUCUACCAGGACCGAGACGAGCAGGAGAGCGGAGGUUCUGAUCCGGCCCGAAGCCAACCAGCCGUGACCCGAGUGCUGACGCAAAUACCCCCGUUCAAAGACAACGACACUCCGGUCAGCACCGAGUCCAUGACGGAUGAGAGCGCCGUGUGGGGAGCGAGGAACGUCUCGGUCGGGCCGUGUCCCAACCACACGCGUGACUUCUCCCUGUCCGCCCACCUGGUGUCCACCCCGCUGCACCCUCAUGCGCCGCACGCCUGGGACAUGCAGCCGGGCCGAGAGGAAAGUGCGGUGGUCCGGGCCGUCAGCGGGUCGGAGGAGAACCCUUACGUGCGGCCGCCCACUAAACUCAGCCCCAUCAUGGAGCAGAGUCCGGUGGAGGAUAAGCCGUCGGAGCUGGACAGCAGCAGGGCUCAGGGCACGAUCGUGGGCGAGGGCGUGUCGUUGGCGCAGACUCCAGGGCUCUCUCUGGCCCAAAGCAGCUGUAGCAGCAGACACCCGCUGGCCGCCCUGUCCUUCCCCGACCACACAGCCCUGAGGACGCAGGACGAGUCCAUGAGCAGAGCGAGCUGGAGCAUCUACCAGAGCCCGGAGAAGCAGCCCACGCGCCCAGACCCAGCGGUCAGUGACGUUCCCAGGCGCGCGCCACUGGAGGAGCAGGACGAGUCCAUGAGCAGGCCAAGCUGGAGCAUCUACCAGAGCCCGGAGAAGCAGCCCACACGUCCAGACCCAGUGGUCAGGGACGUUCCCAGGCGCGCACCACUGGAUAAGCAGGACGAGUCCAUGAGCAGGCCGAGCUGGAGCGUCUACCAGAGCCUGGAGAAGCAGCCCACACGUCCAGACCCAGUGGUCAGGGACGUUCCCAGGCGCGCACCACUGGAUAAGCAGGACGAGUCCAUGAGCAGGCCGAGCUGGAGCGUCUACCAGAGCCCGGAGAAGCAGCCCACGCGUCCAGACCCAGUGGUCAGUGACGUUCCCAGGCGCGCGCCACUGGAUAAGCAGGACGAGUCCAUGAGCAGGCCAAGCUGGAGCAUCUACCAGAGCCUGGAGAAGCAGCCCACGCGCCCAGACCCAGCGGUCAGUGACGUUCCCAGGCGCGCGCCACUGGAUAAGCAGGACGAGUCCAUGAGCAGGCCAAGCUGGAGCAUCUACCAGAGCCUGGAGAAGCAGCCCACGCGCCCAGACCCAGCGGUCAGUGACGUUCCCAGGCGCACGCCACUGGAGGAGCAGGACGAGUCCAUGAGCAGGCCGAGCUGGAGCAUCUACCAGAGCCUGGAGAAGCAGCCCACACGCCCAGACCCAGCGGUCAGUGACGUUCCCAGGGGCGCGCCACUGGAUAAGCAGGACGAGUCCAUGAGCAGGCCAAGCUGGAGCAUCUACCAGAGCCCAGAGAAGCAGCCCACGCGUCCAGACCCAGCGGUCAGUGACGUUCCCAGGCGCGCACCACUGGAGGAACAGGACGUGUCCAUGAGCCCGAAAGCUGCUGCGGGACUGAGCUGGUUCCAGGUGGACGGUUCGACCCACGCAGCAGAACCGGAUCUCGAUGUCAUGAUGAGUCCGGCUCCGGUGUUCACUCGGCCCGCCUGGACCGUCUACCAAAACCCGGAGAAACCCCCCGAAACAGACCUGUGGGCGACGGGCCCAGAGCCGGCGGCGGAGCGGGAUCUGGACAUGCUGGAGGAACAGGGCGUUCUGCUUCCCAAAAAAUCCUUCCAGCAGCGGAGAUCAGGAGUGAAAGCACUUCAGAUGUUACAUGAAUCUCUGUUAAUGAGUCCAAAACAGUCCACUGAGGAGGAAUCGAGGAGCCCAGACUGGUUCAGCGCUGACGGCCCUCAGCGGACCACAGAGCCGGAUCUGGAGCCCAUGACCAGCCCGUCGCAGAGCUGCAGGGAAACCAGUGCUCCCAUGAGCCCCAUGGACACAUCCAAACCAGGCUGUGUCCAGCUGGUGUCGGACCCCUGGGACGAGGAGCUGAUCGUGUCUCUGCUGUCUAACCUGCAGCCGCCUCUCUCCUCACACCCCGGCCUCACCGCCUGGAGCUGCCGGCUGCCCACCAUCACCCCCAAGAUGACCGUCCAGAUCGCUGGAGAGUCGCUGCGAGUGGACUUUGUUCUUGGACAGGGAGCGUUCGCCACAGUCUACCAGGCCACCAACCUCAUGACCUCACGCAAACUCAUCCUCAAGGUGCAGAAGCCAGCCAACCCGUGGGAGUUUUACAUGGACAGCCAGCUGAACGCCCGUCUGCAGCCCAGCGUACGCCACCUCUUCAACACCAUAUACUCGGCUCACCUCUUCAGCAACGGCAGCGUGCUGAUCGGAGAGCUGCACAACUGCGGCACACUGCUGAGCGCUAUAAACCUGUACAAGAGUCGCAGUGAGAAGGUGCUGCCGCAGCCGCUGGUGCUCUACUUCACCGUCUGCAUCCUCCACAUGGUCCAGCAGCUCCACCAGGCCCACAUCAUACACGCCGACAUCAAGCCCGACAACUUCCUGCUGGGGGAGAGGUUCCUGGAGAACGACUGCUUCGAGCGGGAUCACCUCCAGCACGGCCUGGCUCUCAUCGACCUGGGCCAGAGCAUCGACAUGACGCUCUUCCCAGAAGACACUGCGUUCACAGCCAAGUGCAUGACCUCGGGCUUCCAGUGUGUGGAGAUGCUGAGCGGACGACCCUGGAGCUACCAGACGGAUUAUUUCGGCAUCGCCGGCACCGUCUACUGUAUGCUGUUCGGGACCUACAUGCAAGUGAAGGAGGACGGCGGCGUUUGGAGGACCAACGGCGUGUUCAAAAGGAUGGUCCACGCUGAGCUGUGGCAGGACUUGUUCCAGACGCUGCUGAACGUGCGGGACUGCCGCUCUCUGCCGUGCCUCGAGGGCCUGCGCCUGCGCCUGGACGGGGUCCUGCAGGAGCACUACAGCCGGAAGCUGCGCUCGCUGAAGAACCGGCUGGUGGUGCAGAUCCUGGAGGCCCGCUCCUCGCGCAGGUGACGCCCCUGCUGUGUGAGAGUGUGUGUGUGUGUGUGCUCACUGAUACUGCCUUUUACUGUCGCUAUUUGAAGUUGUGAAAAAGUCAAUGAAGCCUUUUGUAAAUUUCAAUAAAUCUUGGUUCUCAAACCCA